GCGCACCGAUCGGACUGUGAGCAUCACCUGUUUACAUAUUGAAUAUUCUACGAAACCUUCUCCGUUUUUAGCUAUCCAUGCUUCGUGUGGUGCCGCGUCUCCUUGUCUCCUACACGGCGGCGGACAUCCAAGCCAAGUUGCAGUCCAGCGAAGCUCUGCAGCCGGUACGGUCCAUUAAGGUGGUCGAUGCCAGCGCCGGCUGCGGCAGCUUCUUCAACAUCGACAUCGUCUCUCCCGUCUUUCAGGGCAAGACACUGAUUCAGCAGCACCGCCUCGUCAACGGCGUGCUGAAGGAUGAGAUUAGCGCAAUCCACGGCUUCACGCUAAACACGAAAAGCAAAUAA